CUUUGCCACUUCGACGUCAAAACUAUUUUUUCUUUUGGUCUCACCUUUCUGUCAUUACCUUGGCUGGACCAUUCUGUUAAACACAGUCACCAUGAAGCUCUCCAUCUCGACCAUCAUCUUCGCCUUCACGGCCCUUGCCAGCGCCUCCAUUGCCGAUGUUGAGGGCGUCGCUGCCCUUCCUCGCGACGCCAUCCUCAUCGACCGUCAGAACGGCGCCAAUGCCAACCGGCCGGUUCCUUCGGGCGCGUGCUGCAUCGCCGGCACGUCGUUGAAACAAGACGUCUGCAACGUCAACGGCCAAACCGGCCGCUGCGUACCGGACUCUAUCAACAAUUGUGGAGAGCAGUUGACCUGCAUCGAGGAUAGCAGGCUCACCUGUGAUCCGAACACACUCGAGCGUGGCAGGCCCCUCUGCCGUCGCCCGGCAGGCGCGUGA